AUGCCCCAAAAUACUGCCCCACGUGUUCGUCAAGAAGCUGUUCGUCAAGAAGCUGUUCGUCAAGAAGCAGUCCAGCAAUUCCAGCCCUAUAUUUGCAUGCCUGCAUAUGUUGAAUAUCAACAAUACGCACCUCCUCAGCCAAUGUUCCAACCCGUCUUCGGUGAAACCCAGAUGAUCCAAUCUUUCAACGAAAUGGCUCCAGGUAUAAGAAAACAAUCUUUCACAUAA